GUUCUUUCGAUAAAACAAAAUUUAAUGAUGGUCAAGUGCGGGCCCUAUUUAUGACACAGAACUAUAGGAAAAGGAGCUAUAUCAAAAGUAUUCCUAGCUACCCAAGAGGAUGAUGCCUCUAUCUGAGCCCUCAAAGUCAUGAAGAAAAAGAAGAAUUGUGAGAAGUAUACUGAACAAUUUGCCCAAAAAGAGGCUAAAAUUUUGAAAGCAGUUGCUCAUCCCAAUAUCAUAAAUUUACUAAAGUUCUGAGAAGAUGAGACUUAUGAUGAAGGAGGCAUACAUCAUCGGAAAGUUGCCUAUAUGGCCCUAGAAUAUGCUCGCAACGGAGACUUGGUUAAUAUGCUCAGAAGGUUCGGUAAAUUCCCUGAAACUCUUGCCAGAUUUUACACAAUUGAAUUAAUCAAGGCCGUCGAACAUGUUCAUUUUAAAGGUUAUUCCCACUUAGACCUCAAGCCUGAUAACGUACUAUUUGAUUCAGAGUUUAAUCUCAAAAUAUGAGAUUUCAGUUUGUCUUCAGAGAGAAAAAUGAUUAAAAUAAAGAGAGGAACAAAAAUGUACUGUCCCGAAGAGAUAUUUACUAGUGAAUAUUACCAUGGACCCUCCACAGACAUCUAUGCUAUAGGUAUGAUUAUAUUCGUAAUGGUGACUGGCCAUCUUCCGUUCAGAGAACCCGAGUUGAAGGACCUCAGGUACAGAUAUUUACAGAACAAAAGUUUUGAAAAAUUCUGGGAGGUCACUUGAAAAACAAAAAGCAGCAAGUAUGCUACAAGGUUUUACACAGAAGAAUUCAAAAACCUGUUUGUGUGGAUCCUGUCUCCUAGUGCUGUUGAAAGACCUUCCCUUGCUGAGAUAAUGGAGCAUGAUUGGUUGUGACAGGAAGCUAUGAGCCGUGAAGAUGCCAUUGACUAUUUUAAACAAUUCGAAUAGCAUUCCAGCUCUUCUAU